AUGUCUUUGCUCCCACCUUUAACUGGCUGCUUCGCAAGUCGCGAAGCUGUCAUUCAACAUGUUAAAACACAUGCAUUCAGUCAUGGAUAUGCAGUAUGCAUAAAAAGAUCUGAGCGGGAUAAGUUCGUGUAUUUACGUUGUGAUAGGGGUGGUACCUACAGAAAUUCUUUAAAUCUUACAGAUAAUACUUGCCAGAGAGCUACAAGUUCACGAUUAAUAGAUUGUCCAUUUGAACUCUACGGCAAAAAAAAAGAUAAUCAGUGGUACUUAGCAAUAAAAAAUGCCAAUCAUAACCAUAAAGCAUCAAAAGACAUAUCUGGGCAUCCAUCAAGUCGUCAAUUGAACAUGAAAGAUCAACAAAAAAUUUGA